UACAUUACUACCUAUUAAAUAUUAAUACAUAAUAUAUUAUACUGUAAUAGGUACCUUAAUUAUUUUUUAACGAAAUAAUAUGCAUAAAUAUUUACAUUUAAAAUUAAAUUAAUUGAAGUGUUAGAUAUCAAAUCCUAGAAUAAAUACAUAUUUAACAAUUUACACUCCCUCCCACUACCUACUAAUCAUGCGUAACCAUUCUCUUACUGCAUUGUACUAUGUAGGACGUAGGUACUUAAGAACCUACAACUCUGAUUCUUAUUUAUAGGCUAAUGCCUAAUAGCCAUAGUGCUACAACUCAAAUUUGUACACAUAGUUUUUUAAAACAUUAUUUCUCAUGUAGUAGCUUAUAACUAUAACUAUAUACAUUAAAAAGAACGGGAUACCGGAAAUAUAUCUAUUUAGUAUUUACUUUAUUACGUAGUAGUAUCAUAGCAACUAUAAUAAUGUUAUAGGUACCUAUGUGAAAAAAUACAAAAUUCGAUUUAACAAACUCAUGUUUAUGAAUCUGCAUUUAUAGCACCCCAUAACUACACCGGUGUAUUGGGAGGUAAAAUACUUGUGCUUAUUAUUUAAUUACAAUAACACAAUAAUGUAUCACUAAUUUUAAAUUUUAAAUAUUUAAAUAAAAAAGUAUUAAUUUUUAUUUUAAUUAAUUAAUAUGAGCUUGCUUUAAUUUAAGUGUAUUUUAUGUAUAUAAAAUAAUCAGUUAUAUUACAUAUAUAACAGAUACAUAGUAAAAGUCUAUUUAUCGAUAUAAUGUCACGUCCUGCUAUGAUACCGACCUUAAAACCGAAAUUUUUUUUCGGUCUCACAACUCAAGUGAACGGUAACUGUUUAUUUCUAAAUGAAAAUGAAAUCGUCUAUCCAGCAUCUGGCGUCCUCGUAAUUUACAACACUGUCCAUCAUAAACAAAAAUAUAUUCACCUGGCCGAACCACAAAAAGUCAUCACUGCUAUGGCUCUCUGCAUUAACAAAAACGUUAUAGCUGUGGCAGAAAAGGGCGACAAGAAAAAACCGACCAUAAGUAUUUAUGACCUAGACUCCAUGAAAAGAAAAAAACUAUUGACCGUGUUAACAGAUUUAAAAACCGAUAAUUUCAUAAAUAUAAAAUUUUCAUUUGAUGAUACUUAUUUGGCAGCUCUCACUAAUGGACCGGACUUUAUGAUGUAUUACUACAAUUGGGAAAAUUCAAAAAUCGAGAGUUACGUAAAAGCUAGUAACCCUCCAAAUGCCGAAGGACCAGUGUUAGACAUGGCAUUAAAUCCAUCCGACAAUACUAUAUGCUGUUUUGUUGGUAAAGGGUUAUUCCGACUAGUGACUAUCAGUGAUUCGAUUUGGCGACAAUAUGGUUUUCAAAAAGCCGACAACUUGGAUUUUUCCUCUGUAUGUUGGUUAAAUGGAGAUAGGAUUUUAGCUGGUACUAUGGAUGGUCGUAUAGUUAUAGUAGAGAAUGGAGAACUUAUAGCCGUAUAUAACGUUAAAACAAUGACGGAUUUUGAUCCAAAAAAUAGAAUAAAAGCUCCUUUAGACGUAGUGCCAUUACCAAAAGAAAGUAAUAAACGAAUGGACAUAAGAUGCUGUAUUCCGAUCAAGAUAGGUUUAAUAUUCGUUUUUGGCGAUUCCUGUGUUUAUUACUACGAAAAAACUAAUCACAGGUACAAAAGACGAAAUGAAUUUUUGAAGCAAAGUGAUUCAAACUUAAACGCUCUGGAUUCAGAUAGACCCAUGCACAACAUAGAGACACUGUCUAUAAGUCCAAAAUACCAAAAAAUGAUUUGUGUCACAAGAAGGUCACAAUUGUUUUGGGCACCGUUAGCUGAAAUUCCAGACACAUCUUUGAACGCGCAAAAUAUUGUUUAUUUUAAGCCACUUGGCGAAGACUUGCAUCACGGUGGUAUUUCCAGUCUGUCAACGUGUAAAUGGAAACCAAUAUUUAUAACUUGUGGCAAGAUUGACCACACUAUUAGAGUUUGGAACUAUUUAAACUGUUCAUUAUUACUGUCACAACAAUACCAAGAAGAUGUGUUUAGUGUUUCUUUACACCCUUCUGGGUUAUAUUCCGUAGCCGCGUUCACAGGCAAAGUCGAAUUCCAAUUGGUACACACUAAUGGUUUAAAAGCAUGGAGAGAGUUUGCUGUUACGAGUUGUAACUUAACUGAAUUUAGCACGUCCGGCCACAUGUUUGCUUUAGCUAACCAAUUCGACGUCGAUGUGUAUUGCUCGGUGAAAUUUGAGAAAAGGUUUACGUACAAAGGACAUUCAAAUACAAUUACGGCUAUGGUAUGGGCGUCAAACGAUAUGAAACUAGUUACAUGUGGGGAAGAUGGUGCUAUAUACGAAUUCAAUACAAGGACUGGAGAAAGGGACAUGGAUAUCGUACAUCCUAAAACGAUUUAUAUGGAUUUGGCAGUUUCAAACGACACUAAUCAGAUUUUCCCAGCUGCUCAGGAUGGUCGAUUCAAAGAAAUAAAUAAUCAAUCGGUGGUCCGUGAUAUUGACUUACACCAAGGUCCAUUAGAUGCAAUAGCUUUGUCUAGAUCAGAUUUAAUUCUUUUUGUAGCAGGUCAAAACGGUGUUGUGUUGUCGUUAAUGUUACCAAUAAUGGCUGAAAUUAAACACAAAGAAUUUAAUAUGCAUAACAAGAAUAUUACAAAGAUGUGUAUGACAAUUGAUGAUUCAAACUUAAUCACUUGUUCGACAGACGGCAGUAUAUGUAUAUGGAAAAUUAAGGAUGCCGAAGGAAAAAAAGUCAUAUUAAAUGACCAAUUUGCAUAUUCUGACGAUAUCCUAGUAAACGCUUCGGAUCUAAAAAAUAAAAUCGAAAACAUAGUAGAACUUAAAAUGAGAGUGAAUGAAUUAGAAAGGGAAAGUAAAUAUCAAAUUACUCAACUUAUGAAGUCUAAAGAACAACAAAUCCAGGAAUUAAAUAAUAAUCAUUCGAUCGUUAUGAAAAUAUUAGAAAAUAAAAAUACGGAAAUAACUAAAAAACAUAUGGCUGAUAAAAGUAGGUUAGAAAUGGAAUUAAACCUUCUAAAAGAUUCACAUGCUCAAGAGUUGGAAGAAUUAGAAGCUAAUUAUAAUAAAAAACUCUUACACGAAUACGAAAAAUAUGACAUACUUCAAAAGGAGUUGAUUAAAACUAAUUCAGAGUUGGAAAAAGAUAUGAAUAAAUCUGAAUUUGAACAAAACGAAAAAUUACAGAAAAUAGUAGAUCAAUAUAAUGUAAAACUUGAUGAAAAAGAUAAAAAUAUUUUAAAAUUAAAAGAACAAUUGAUUAAAGAUAAACAAAUUAUGUCUGAUCUUAUGCAUAAAGUUGAAGAGGAUGCAGAUCGGGAAGUAUUGGAGAAAAAGGCUAAUUUUGUGACUAAAUUAAGAGAAUUGAAACAAAUAAAUUUAAAUCUUAGAGGCGAACUUGGAUCAUAUAAAAUGAAAGCUAAAGCAGCAUCGAAAGAAGCAGAAGACUUGGGUAGUUUAAUUGAAAAAUACGAAGAAGAUAUAGCCCAACUGAAAGUAUCAGUCAAGAACGAAGAACAGACCAUCAUUGGCCUUAAGAAGCAAAUACAAGUUCGUGACGAUAUUAUAGAGCAAAAGGAAUCUCGGAUUUUCGAAGAGAAACUUAAAAUGAAAGAUCUUGAAAAACAAUUGUUGCUGACGAAAGAAAACAUUAGUGAACUAGAACUAACGGUCGAGCCGUUAAUAAUGGAAAUACAAGAAAAACAAAAAACUAUUGAAAACAUGGAAUCAGAAAUGUUAGAUAUGACUGCAGUAGUAAAGCAGAUGGAAUUACGCAUAUCCCAGCAACGAGAUAAAUUGAAUGCUUGUGGCUUGGAACUCGAUAAAAAAGAACAAACGAUCCGAGACGUCAACAGAGUUGUUAAAAACAUUCAAGUCGAUAUCAACUCCGCCAGUGAACACUACCAAAAUUCAGCAAAGCUAAAAGACGCGGUUAAAGAUUUGUUUAUUAAAUACGGCAAUACAAAAACAUUUGGAAUAUCUAAAGAUGAAGAACAUGACACCAGAAUGGAGUUUACAAGACAGAGGAAAUUUUUAGAACAGUCCAUUAUUAGCUUAAAAAAACGUGUAAAUGUGUGUGCAAAAAAAGAUGAUUCCUAUAGCAAAAUUAUGGAGGAGAAUAUGAUCCUCAUUGACACAAUUAAUAAGUUAAGACAAGAACUCAAACAAAACCAUAAGAAAUAUGAAAACUUAAAAUCAAUUUUGAAAAUUAAAGGAAGUAAAAACCAUACCACUACUAAACAAGCUAAAAAUAAUAAUCUUCAAAAGGCUAUAACAAAUUUAGAUACAGUUGAAAAAACAGCAUUAGGAACAUAAUUUAUUGUCAGUUAAAACAUAUUUUUAAUAUCUUUAGAAAAAAAAAAUGAAAUACAAUAAAAUAAGUUUCACAGACAGAACAAAAAUCUGUAAGCAUAGCUCAUAAAACUUGCAGUCUUAGUUUUUUUCUUGUACAUUAUUGUGAUUCAAAAAUAUAUUAAUAUAAAUUAUAUUUAACUAUAAAAUAAAUUAAUUUAAUGCUAUUAUCUUUCUUAUAGUAUUGAAUUUGAAUUAUGUAAUAUUAUAUCUAACUAUUUUAUAUUUUAUUGACUAUUUUUAAUAAAAUAAUUAUUGUAUUACUGUGUACAUUAAUGCAUUAAAUACAUUUAAAACUUAACAAUUAAGUAAAUUCUGCAAUUUAGAUAUGUUUAGUUAAACGUAUUCAAUUUGGUUAAUAUUUUGAUAUAGUUUACUGUCCAAAAUAUUUUCUUUGAAAUAAUGUAUAAUAAUUUCUAUAGU